AUUUUAUUUUUGCCUAUUCAAGUAAUUGUUUUCUGUUAUAUUGCACUUCAAAAUAUCAAUACGUAAUCCAUUUUUUUCAUAAUGAAAAUGAGUAACUUCAGAGCGGCAUUAUUUGUGGCAUGUGUGCUCUAUGUCGGCUGCAAAGAAGCGGCCCCGGGAUCUUGGAACUCUUUGCCGGGAACGGAAACGCAUACAGUGGCUCAGGAAACUUGCACUUCGUGUGGCAUUGGGCAGCCUGAGGAAUCGGGACGGGUGGACAUUGACUUUCUGGAGGCGGUGAAGAGGCAUAUCCUGAGCAGGUUACAAAUGAGGGAAAGACCCAACAUCACCCAUCCUAUCCCGAAGGCGGCGAUGGUGACUGCGCUACGGAAACUUCACUCCGGUAAAGUGCGGGAGGACGGGAGAGUAGAAAUCCCGAAUCUGGAUGGACACGCGACCAGCAAUGCCAACGAGGUGCUGGAGGAAAGCUCAGAGAUAAUCAGUUUUGCAGAGACAGAUGAGCUGGUCUCGUCCAAGUCCAGCCUGUUCUUCCUGAUCUCCAACGAGGGGAACCAGCACCUGUACGUGACCCAGGCCACCCUGUGGCUGUACUUCCGGCUGCUUCCCAACACCUCGGAGAAGGGCCUGCGGAGGAAGGUCACGGUCAAGGUGUACUACCAGGAGCCCGGCCUGGGGAGCCGGUGGAACCUGGUGGAGAAGCGCCUGGAGCUAAAGAGAAGCGGCUGGCACACCUUUCCCCUGACGGACGCCGUCCAGACGGCGUUCGAGACGGGCGAACGGCGGCAGAACCUGGACGUGCGCUGUGAGGGCUGCGAGAACGCGUCGGUGUCGCCGCUGCUGGUGAACCAGGACGACGAGUCCCACAGGCCGUUCCUGGUCGUCCAGGCCCGGCUGGCGGACAACAAGCACCGCAUCCGGAAGAGGGGGCUGGAGUGCGACGGCAGCAGUAGCCUGUGCUGCCGGCAGCAGUUCUACAUAGACUUCCGCCUCAUCGGCUGGAACGACUGGAUCAUCGCGCCGUCCGGUUACUACGGUAACUACUGCGAGGGGAACUGCCCGGCAUACAUGGCCGGGGUGCCCGGGUCGGCGUCCUCCUUCCACACGGCGGUGGUGAAUCAGUACCGGAUGAGAGGCUUGGGCCCCGGCUCCAUGAACUCCUGCUGCAUCCCCACCAAGCUCAGCACCAUGUCCAUGCUUUACUUCGACGAUGAGUACAACAUCGUCAAAAGAGACGUGCCCAAUAUGAUUGUGGAGGAGUGUGGGUGCGCUUGAGGCGUGCGCUUGCGCUUCACCUGGGGGGGGGGGGACUUUCAUGAACUUUUGUAAAGAAGAAAAUGACAAAAAUUAUUUGAGAAAGCAAAGUAAUAUUUAUGGACAGUUAUGAGGCAUACACACACACACACACACACAACUUCAUUCAGUCACACAUCCUCCAGACACUAAUUUUCCACACAUGCUCGCACAAACACCUGUAAAUAUAUUUAUGUUUAUUAAUAAUUUUAUAUGGUAGAAGCCUUUAUUCUUUCUGCCAACAUAUGAACACAUGAUUUAAUCCCAUUUUGUAAACAUUUGUUUGCAAACUAAUUUAGGUGUCGUUAUCAAAGGGAUUUGAAAUAAAUGGUACUUAUUGUGCUAUGUACAUUUCCAAGAUUGCCAUUCCUAUUCUGAAAAUUGAGAGUUCUAUUUCUAUACUCUGACAAAGGUGGAAAGAGCCUGAGAAAAGUAAUGAAGGAGGUUUACUCAACACCCACUUCCAGCCAUGCCUCUUUAAAUAAAGUGUAACUGCAAAGCCUAUAGUUAAAGCACUGACAACUCACCUGUUGUACAACUUCAGCACUUCCAACUUCCAAGUCAUACAUUUUGUUGAUGUGUGACAACAUUCCAUUUUUAUAUCAAACUGCUUUCCUCUCACGGCCAAGAAUCUAGAAAACGAAAAUGCUUCUGUUUUUAAGCUGGCUGCAUAUCGGAAGAGUGGACAGAAAAUCUAAAGGUUAACGGUGAAUCUGGGAGUUUCAGCGUUGACAUGUAACGCUGACAAUAGAGAACAGACUUUCGCCCUUUCUAAUGUCGUAUCCGAAUCCUUAAUUCUUUCAAAAGGAGGAGUCUAGGUUCAACAGCUGAAGCGCAACUAUUUUCCCUCUCGUUUUAGGCAGUGAAACAACAGCACAGAGGUGCCAUAUUGUUUUAGUAUCGGUGCAGCAUAGCACUUCCUAAUGCACAUUGAAUAGCACUUGCAGAUUGAAAUGCCUUUAGAGUACAGUGUGGUGCACUGACCCAUGCUCACAGUCCUUUGGAAAAUAAGUGCCGCAUGAGCUAUGCAAUGUAUAGUAUUGACCCACGGACACCAGACAAACUGAACCUUUUGUGUUAGUGAUGAACUACAGUGGGGAGAACAAGUACAUGAUACACUGCCGAUUUUGCAGGUUUCCCUACUUUCAAAGCAUGUA